UUGAACCAUAAACCCUUCCCGAAGCGCACUUCUUUCUCGGUCUUCACUCUUCACCAAAAACCACUGGUAAUGGCGGCCGCCUCACCGCCGUCGACAUCCAAACCAUCAAACAAGAGGGGAAAGAGAAGGCGAGCUCAACAUGACCCGGUGCUCGAAGGAUUCGAUUCACUCCCCUGGAAAUCGUCGCUUCCCGAAGCCGAAGAAGGUGACCCGUUCUCUGUGUUCGCCGGCGUUAAUGACUUCGAAGGAGGUUUUCUUUCGCUGGAAGAGGUCGACGAGCUUGACUAUGGAUUGUCGAUCCCUCAACCUGAAAAGAAAUCAAAACCCAAGAAGCAGAAGCGUGAUGCUGCUGCUGAUGGUGCUGGUCGGAGUGUAGAGGAUAAGCCUGCCAUGGAGAAGAAGAAGAAGAAGAAGGGACAGAAGAGGAAGAAAGGGAAGCAGAAGAAUGAAAAGAUUACGGAUGCAAAUGAACCAGAGAUAAAUGAGGCGGCAACUGUUAACGAUGGUGAUGACGGGGCUGUUGUUAGCAAUGGUAAUGCUGUAGAUAGCAAUAGCAAUGGCGACUCCAAAGAAGACUCAGUUGAUGAGACAGAGUUUUAUGCAUGGAAUGAAUUGAGGCUUCAUCCAACGCUUAUGAAAUCAAUCCAUAGGCUUGGUUUUAAGCAACCAACACGGAUCCAGAAAGCUUGUAUUCCUGCAGCGGCUCAUCAGGGAAAGGAUGUUAUUGGUGCUGCAGAGACCGGAUCUGGGAAAACUCUUGCUUUUGGUUUGCCGAUUUUGCAACGUCUACUAGAAGAACGGGAUAAGGCUGAGAAACUGUUUGAUGACAAGGGUGAUGAUGAUGCCAACAAGUAUGCCCCAACAGGUGUUCUGCGUGCUCUUAUCAUCACCCCGACUAGGGAACUCGCUGUUCAGGUUUCUGAUCAUCUUAAGGAAGCAGCUAAAGGGAUCAAUGUUAGAGUGGUUGCAAUUGUUGGUGGAAUGUCAACGGAGAAACAGGAGAGACUGCUAAGAGCAAGGCCUGAGAUCAUUGUUGGAACUCCUGGGCGAUUAUGGGAACUUAUGUCAGGGGGAGAGGAGCAUCUUGUUGAAUUGCAUUCCUUGUCAUUCUUUGUGCUGGAUGAAGCAGAUAGAAUGAUUGAAAAUGGACACUUUCGCGAGGUGCAGUCAAUUAUUGAUAUGCUUCCCAUGUCCAGCACUUCUUCUGUUGAUCAAUCUCAAGAUAGCAAAACUUGUGUAACAGAGGCUAGCUUCCAGAGAAAGAAAAGACAAACCUUUGUUUUCUCUGCCACUCUAGCAUUGUCUGCAGAUUUUCGCAAGAAACUAAAGCGAGGAUCAGUAAAAUCAAAACAAGCAGUGUCUGCUGACCUUAAUUCUAUUGAAACCCUUUCUGAGCGUGCUGGAAUGAGGGAUAAUGUUGCCAUUGUCGAUUUGACAAAUGCAUCUGUCUUGGCUAGCAAGCUUGCAGAAUCCUUUGUUGAGUGCGCGGAAGAAGAUAAAGAUGCUUACUUGUAUUAUUUAUUGAGUGUUCAUGGGCAAGGUCGUACUAUUGUAUUUUGUACUUCAAUUGCGGCGUUGCGCCACAUUUCUUCCAUCUUGCGCAUCCUUGGAAUCAAUGUUUGGACACUUCAUGCUCAGAUGCAACAACGAGCUCGUUUGAAGGCAAUGGAUCGUUUUCGUUCCACUGAACAUGGCAUACUUAUUGCCACUGAUGUUGCAGCAAGAGGGCUUGAUAUUCCUGGUGUUCGAACUGUUAUUCAUUAUCAGCUUCCUCAUUCAGCUGAAGUUUACGUUCACAGAAGUGGAAGGACGGCUAGGGCUUUUGCUGAUGGCUGCAGCAUUGCUCUAAUCUCAUCAAAGGAUACCUCAAAAUUUGCAUCACUCUGCAAGUCAUUUUCAAAGGAAAGCUUUCAGAGAUUUCCUUUAGAUGAUUCUUACAUGCCUGAGGUGAUGAAACGACUGUCUCUAGCACGCCAAAUAGACAAGAUAUCACGGAAGGAAUCUCAGGAGAAGGCAACAAAAUCCUGGUUUGAGAGGAACGCAGAAUCAGUUGAGCUAGUUAUCGACGAGGAUGACAGCGAGGAGGAAAGAGUGAACCAUCGUAGAGAAAAGAAAGCUAGCUCGGCACAACUGAAAACCCUGCAGCAGGAGCUCAAUACCAUCCUUUCACGCCCAUUGCAACCCAAAUCAUUCUCGCAUCGGUUUUUAGCUGGGGCUGGUAUUUCGCCCCUCCUCCAGCAGCAAAUUGAAGAGCUAACUAGACAAAAGACGAGGAACGUUAUGGGCGCGGGAGACAACAAAAAGAGGAAAAUGGUUGUCAUCGGUCAGGAUUGCGUCGAGCCACUCCAGGCACUCCGCAGUGGUGGUCACGAGGUGCGGAUGGACACGAAGGAGGUGGCGGAGAAGCGGAAAAACAUGGAGAAUCUGAGGAGAAAGAGAAAGGAAGAAAAGAAGCGUAUGCACUGUAAGCGAGAUCAGCGGAGAAACCAGAAGAAGCAGUCAAGAGGGGCGCAUUGAUGACCAGAUGAAUGAAACUGUGAGUGUUAUAAAUUCCUCGAAGCAGGUUAGGGAGAAGUGAAGUGUCCUUGUUGACAUUUCCUGGUCAAAUGCUUCAGGGUAACGGUUUAGGUAUCUUGUGCCAUAAGUUACGUAGCUCUUACAUCAUGUUCUUGGCAGUGGCAUUUUACGGGAAUACCCUGCAAUCUAAUGCAAAUGACUAUUUUGGUUACUUGCCGCAGGGCAUCCUGAAUUUGUUUGGUCAGUUUCAUGAAAUUUGUCGUAGAAAAAUGAAUGUAUGGGUUGACUUUUCUGCCAGUCAGCUCUUUCACCUAACUGUUUGAUGCGGGAGAUGGAUGGGCUGGCCAGAGUUUUGUGGACAGUGGAAAAUUGUAAUGGGAAUGGGGGGAAAAGGCAGAGGAUAAUUGCGACGACUUUGACCAAGUGAAGUCGUUUGUUUCUUUCUAAAUUGAACCACAAAGAGUAAACAAUAAAAAUUCUUGGUUGACUUGACUUGUCAUUCAAUCAAUCUACUUGCAAAUUGUAUUGUGCAAUACUGCAAUUAUCUUCGAUAUCAAUAAUUUGUAGAAGAUGUUCAAAAUUGAGAAAGAAUGAUAGUAGAGAUAUUGAGAGAUCAUUUGUUCGAAAUUGUGGGGAACUCUUUGUGAUUUUGCGGGUUUAAUUUUUGGUUAAGCAGAUACGCCUAAAAGUUUUGAUGGUUCAAGGCUAAAAUGUUAGGUUUUGGUCAAUCACAGUCCAUCUAUAUCCACCC